ACACAAGAAAAUUAGGCUGCCUUCAAGGUUGUGAUGCCCUGGGCAGCGAGCCAUAUCCAACCCGCAUACUUGUCGGAAUCAGAUAAGAGUGGUUUGUGCCUGUCCCUUUAAGAACAGUUAUUUUUCUCAGUGGGACAUUUUAACCACUACCUUAAUUAAGCGACAAGGGAUAAAAUGACUGCUAGUGAUUGAGAUAACUCUAGCAAAUUGGAUUCAGCUUAAAACAAAACGGACACUGAGAGAAACAGUCCUUGAAGCAAAAGCAAGGCACAGUUGUCUAAAUCUAAUAUGACUAAUUCAAUUUGAGCUCAUUUGGUUAUUUAUGAGCAACAGUUCGAGAAAUAGGAGGAAUUUUGUCAGGAGCUGAAUGAAACACACAACCCGAGCUGGUAGAGCGGGUGUCUGUGUGAGUGACUCCCGCCUGUAUCCCCCCCCCUCUCCCCGCCGGGCUGCGCCCUCCUCUCUCCUCCCCGUUUACGAGUCAUGAUGGCGGAACUGUAAGGCUUCGGGACGAGCUGGAGCGCACCACCCGUCCUCGUUGAGCAAGUGUACAUAGUAAUUUAUUUAUUCGGCCAAUUUUUUACAUGCUUCCCCACCCCUCCCGCUAUGACCCGCUGGAUUCCCACUAAGAAAGAGAAGUACGGCGUCGCAAUCUACAAUUAUGACCCCCAUGGCGAACAGGAGCUGCGUCUGCAGGUGGGGGACACGGUGCACAUACUUGAGAAGCUGGAAGGCUGGUAUCGAGGCUACACACUCAGAAAGAAGGCACAGAAGGGCAUUUUCCCGGCUUCCUACAUCCACUUAAAAGAGGCCACAGUCGAGGGAACAGGCCAACAGGAAAUAAUUAUUCCUGCAGAUUUACCCUUGGUGCAAGAGAUAGGGGCUACCCUCAGGGAAUGGGUGCAGAUAUGGCAAAAGCUCUUCGUGGCAAACAAGAUAACCCUGUUCAGGAGUGUGCAGCAGAUGGCCUACAGCCUCAUUGAGUAUCGAUCUCAGAUUGUGUCAGGAACGCUGCCCAAGGAUGACCUUGUGGAGCUCAAGAAGAAAGUCACAGCAAAGAUUGAUUAUGGAAACCGGAUCCUCGGGUUGGACCUGGUGGUCCGAGACGAGGCGGGCAACAUGCUGGAUCCCGACCAGACCAGCACCGUCAGCCUGUUCCAGGCCCACGAGACGGCGUCCCGCAGCGUGGACGACAGGCUACAGGAAGAGAAGACGAGACUGCAGAACCUGGAGAUGCGGCGGCAGACUCUGUUCAGCUCCGUGCACACCUACAGCCUCCUCAUGAACCUGAAGAACUUUGUGUGCAACAUCGGGGAGGACGCCGAGCUGCUCAUGUCUCUCUACGAUCCCGACCAGUCGGAAUUUAUCAGCGAGAACUUCCUGGUGCGCUGGGACAGUAUGGGGAUGCCUAAGGAAAUUGAAAAACUCAACAACCUGCCGGCCUUAUUCACGGACCUGAGCAGCAGCGAUCUGAUGAGGCAGCGGCUCUUCCUGGUGUGUCAGAUCAUCAGAGUGGGCAGCAUGGAGCUCAAAGAGGGCAAAAAGCAAACAGGUGGCUUACGGAGGCCGUUCGGCGUCGCCGUGAUGGACAUAACAGACGUCGCCCACGGCAAGAUAGACGAUGAGGACAAGCAGCACUUCAUCCCGUUUCAGCAGAUAGCCAUGGAGACGUACAUCCGCCAGAGGCAGAUCAUCAUGUCUCCGCUCAUUCCAUCCAGAGUCAUAGGGGAGAAUGAGCCGCUCACGGCUGUCUUCAACAAAGUCAUCGCCACGCGGGAGGUCAAUCAUAAAGGCCAGGGGCUGUUUGUGACCCUGAAGCUCCUCCCGGGAGACCUCGCUCAAGUCAGGAAAGACUUCCCCCACUUAGUGGACCGCAGCACGGCCAUCGUCAGGAAAAUGGGCUUCCCAGAGAUCAUCCUCCCAGGAAACGUUAGGAAUGAUAUCUACGUAACCUUGCUUCAGGGAGAGUUUGACCGAGGCAAAAAGAAGACCCCGAAAAACGUGGAGGUCAUCCUCAGCGUGCAUGACGAUGAAGGCAAUCCGAUGGAGAAAGCGAUAUUUCCCGGGGCCGGCUACGACGGCAUAACGGAGUACAAGUCUGUCAUUUACUACCAGGUGAAGCAGCCAUGUUGGAACGAAACGGUGAAGGUGACAAUUCCCAUUGAAGACGUGUGCCGCUGCCACCUGAGGGUGAUGUUCCGACACAGAUCCUCCCAGGACUCCAGGGACAAAUCAGAGAAGCCCUUUGGCAUGGCGUACGUCAAGCUAAUGAGAGGAGACGGGACCACGCUGAAAGACGGCAGGCAUGAGCUUUUCGUCUACAAGGUUGAUGUGAAAAAGGCAGACGAUGCAAAGGUUUAUCUCAGCCUGCCGGCCACCUCGGCCGAAGUGGAGCAGAUUCAGAGGCAAACUGGGAAGCCGUUCCACCAUUCAGGGGUUAUUCCAGUGACUAAAGACAGCUUCCAGAUCGCGACGCUCACCUGCUCCACUAAGCUCACCCAGAAUGUGGAUCUGCUGGGUCUGUUGAACUGGAGGUCCAAUUCCCAGGAUCUGGACCAAAUCUUGCAAAGGCUCAUGGAAGUGGAAGGAGGGGAGAUUGUUAAAUUUCUCCAGGACACUCUUGACGCUCUGUUCAACAUCAUGAUGGAGACUUCAGAAAAAGACACCUAUGACACUUUGGUGUUUGAUGCCCUGGUAUUCAUAAUCACACUUAUUGGGGACAUCAAAUUCCAGCAUUUUAAUCCCGUCCUGGAAACGUACAUCAGCAAGCACUUCAGCGCCACUUUGGCUUACAGGAAGCUCACCAAAGUGCUAAACUACUACGUGGGCCAUCCAGAGGAGCCCUCCCUGACAGAGCGGCUCUACACAGCCCUCAAAGCCCUCAAGUAUCUGUUCAGGUUCAUUGUGCAGUCCAGAGUCCUCUCCUUCAGAUUUCCUGAGAACAGUGAAGAUCCGGGCGCUUUCUCCAACUCCAUACGUUUGCUCUUCUUGUCUUUCAACACGCUUAUGGACAGACCUCUGGACGAGGGAGUGAAGAUAAAGGGGGCAAUAUUGAAAUACCUCCCCAGCAUCAUUAAUGACAUCCAGACUGUGUUUGAUCCCGUGGAGCUCAGCGUUCUCCUUUCAAAGUUCAUCGAGAGCAUCCCCGACUCGCAGUUUGUGCGUCAGAAACUGGGCUGCAUGUGUAAAAUCAUUGAGAGCGACCUUUUCAAGCAACCAGAUUGUCGCGAUGUACUUCUGCCGCUGGUUAAUGACCAGCUGAGUGGGCAGCUGGAUGACCACUCGAGUAAACCCGACUAUGAGGCCUGUGUCCAGCUGCUCAGCACUGUGCUGGACACCCUGGACCGCAAAGAUGUGGGUCCGACCCGAGUCCACAUCCAGCAGAUAAUGGAGCGUCUCCUUCGCAGGGUCAACCGGACCGUCAUCAGCAUGGACCGAGCCUCGCCGCUCAUCGGCCACUAUCUCGCCUGCAUGACGGCCAUCCUGAAGCAAAUGGAUGACACGCAUUACACCCACUACAUCAGCACCUUCAAAACGAGACAGGAUAUCAUUGACUUCCUGAUGGAGACGUUCAUCAUGUUUAAGGACCUCAUGGGGAACGUGUUCCCUGCCGACUGGAUGGUGAUGAACCUGGUGCAGAUGCAGGUCUUCCUGAGGGCCAUCAACCAGUACUCGGACGUACUCAACAAGCUUUUCCUGGACCCGGUGCACUUUGAGCUGCAGCUCUGGAAUAAUUACUUUCAUUUGACCGUGGCCUUCCUCACUCAUAAGACGCUGCAGCUGGAAUCGUUCUCCCAGGAAAAACGAACUAAGAUCCUGAACAAAUACGGAGACAUGAGGAAGGACAUGGGAUUCAGAAUCAGAGACAUGUGGUACAACAUCGGCCCGCACAAAAUGAAGUUUAUCCCCUCCAUGGUCGGCCCCAUCCUGGAGGUCACGCUGGUGCCGGAGCCGGAGCUCAGGAAGGAUACCAUUCCCAUCUUCUUCGAUAUGAUGCAGUGCGAGCACAACUUCAGCCCAGCGCGCACUUUUGAAACGUUUGAGAAUGAACUCAUAACGAAAUUGGACCAAGAAGUCGAAGGAGGUCGAGGAGAUGAGCAGUACAAAGUCCUCUUGGAGAAAAUAUUGUUGGAGCACUGCAGACGGCACAGAUACCUGUCCCACUCCGGAGAGGAGCUGGCCCUGCUGCUGAGCAGCCUGCUGGAGAACCUGCUGGCGUACCGCACCAUCACGCACGACGAGAGUCCAGAGCACCGCAUGAGCUGCACCGUCAACGUGCUGAAUUUCUACAAAGAAAAGAAGAGGGAGGACAUUUAUAUCCGCUAUCUGUACAAGCUGCGAGAUUUGCAUCUGGAUUGUGAAAACUACACGGAGGCCGCAUACACGCUGCUGCUGCAUGCUGAGCUACUGGAGUGGUCAGACAAACCUUGCGCCCCUCAUCUGAUCCCUCGGGACGGGGAGCACGUUUGGACCCAGCAGGAGCUCAAGGAGAGGCUCUUCCAGGAGAUCAUAUGCUACCUGGACAAGGGGAAGAUGUGGGAGAAGGCCAUCGAGCUGGGCAAGCAGCUGGCCAAGAUGCACGAGAUCCACAUGUUUGACUUCAUGGAGCUGAGCGAGCUGCUGAAAAAACAAGCCAAGUUCUACGAGCAAAUAAUGCACGCCAUGCGGCCGCAGCCAGAGUACUUUGCUGUCGGAUAUUAUGGCCUUGGAUUCCCUUCUUUCCUCAGGAACAAAAUGUUCAUCUACCGAGGCAAAGAGUACGAGUGGCUGGAAGAUUUCAGCUUAAAGCUGCUCUCUCAGUUCCCAAACGCAGUCCGGAUGACGAGCACAGCGCCCCCUGGGGACGACAUCUGCAACUCGCCUGGGCAGCACAUCCAGUGCUUCACUGUGAAGCCUGUUCUCACGGUGCCACAACGGUUCAAAGACAAGGGGGUUCCAGAGCAGAUAUUAAACUAUUAUAGACACAAUGAAGUGGACCAGUUCCAGUACUCCAGGCCCUUCAGGAAAGGUGAAAAGGACCCGGACAACGAGUUUGCUACCAUGUGGAUUGAGAGAACCACUUACAUCACCGCCUACCACUUCCCUGGGAUCCUCAAAUGGUUUGAAGUCAAAUCCGUCUCAGUGGAGGAGAUCAGCCCGUUGAUGAACGCCAUAGAAACGAUGGAGAUGGCCAACGAGAAGCUCAGCAACCUGGUGCAGCAGCAGGCCUGCGACCGGUCACUGUCCAUCAACCCGCUGUCCAUGAUGCUCAGCGGCAUCGUCGACCCCGCCGUCAUGGGCGGCUUCUCCAACUACGAGAAGGCGUUCUUCACCAAUACCUACAUCCAAGAGCACCCGGGUGACCGCGAACGCAUUGGAGUCCUUAAGCAGCUCAUCGCCCUGCAGAUCCCGCUCCUGGAAGAUGGGAUUCGCAUCCACGGGGAGAAGGCGACGGAGCAGCUGAAGCCCUUACACAAUCGUUUAGUCACUUGCUUCAGAGAUCUGCGGGAGAAAGUGGAGAAGCUGUACGGCGUCAUAACCUUGCCCUGCUCUCUGACUGAGAAGAAGAAGAGCCGCGUGGGCUCGGUCGUCCUGCCCUACAUCAUGUCUUCCACCCUGCGCCGCAUGUCCACCGCGUCCACCUUGUCGAGCACGUCCUCGGGCCUCUCCAGCGGCUCCUCGGACGGGCCCUCCUCCCAAGACUCCUCGUCGACUUGUCCCAGUGAUCGCAGGGUUUCUGUUCUGUCGCGCUCCGAGGAAGACAACAGGAUCGCUCGGAAGAACAGAAAGGAGUGGAGCGUGAGCAAAUCUCAAGUGCUGCUGGAGAAGAAGUCGGAUGCAGAUGAGGUUUCACCAGACAAGCAGCAGAGACCCAAAAGUUUGCAGCUCGGUGACAGACGGCUCACCCUCUCCCUUUUCCAGGGCGUUUCAUCCCAGCUCAGCCUGUCUAACCAACUCAGCCCGCUCGCCGCCUCCCCUCACACUCCAAACACGCCGCGCAGCUCCAGUUAUUCAUCACUCCUCAGCGACAACGAUGCCAAUACCAUCGACACCCCAGGGACUCCCCCACCCAUGCCUCCGAAGAAACAUCCGCACGAGAUUGACAACCUCGCCGGCUCUUCAGAGUUCGUCCCUCCGCUACCUGUGAAAAUUGAGAACAAGCCUCCCCCGCCUCCUCCGAAGACUCGAAAGUCAAUGUUCCCCUCGUAAAGAGCAACACCCCAGUAAGGCAACACCUACGCACCGACCUUGGGAGUUUCAUUAAUUCCCUGAUUUGGCUGUGAUGAAAGCGCAGCCUCGUUUUAGACGUCACGGAGACGCCACAGUGGGGGUCACAGAAGAGAACCGGAACGUGGAGGGGAGAAGCAGGGCUGGCUUGAUUUCUUUAUUUCUGUUUGUUUUGUUUGAGUAAUUUGCUUCUUUUCAGUUCACUUUUACUUCCAAGCUGUCCACCGCUCUUAAAUUUGAGUAAUUAUCAUAGCGUUAAGCUGGGAUGGGAAGGAUCCGUCGUCAAAACAGCAGAACCGGAUGCAUGAUUUGGGAUGUGAUUUAAGGUACAGUCUUAGGCUCUGUGGGCUUAUUAAGGUAAUGAAAGACUCAUUCCCUCAAGAUGGGUCACAGCAGUGCAUUUUCUGUUUAAUCAGUGGCAAACAAAUGGAAUGAAUAAUGGUACAGCGUCAUGUUUUUAUUUUUAUGUUUGUGUAUGGAGCGACACUGGAUGACUCACUCUCCCUCUAGCUGUUUAACAGCAUCCCCUAUACAAAGAGCUGCAUUAGAUGAAUGUCAAACUUGACUAAUAUGCAGGGAUUACCAUGUACAGAAGGUAACUGUUGGUCUGAAGCGGAGUUGGUCUGCGUCUGUCGAUUGUGUUCCUGUUUUACUUGUUGUUAGCGCAGCCUGUCAUUCCGACCCGCCAAGGUUUCAGAGACACUGGAUGGCAUUAUUGAAUGUGCUGCAGAUUCUGCGCUUGUUGCUUACGUCGAAC